AUGGCUGGGGAUCCUCGUGAGACAUGGGCAAGGCUGCAACAGUCCCUGCAGCAGCAGAGGUUUAGAGGCGGAUUUGGAGGUGGAUUUCCGGGAGGGGGUGGUAGGAAAACUUUCGGAGGUGCAGGAGCAUUGAUUGCAGUUGGAUUGGGGGCAUAUGUCUUUAUGAAUUCCCUCUUUAACGUGGACGGUGGUCAUCGAGCAAUCAAGUAUACGAGAAUAGGUGGUGUGAAGAAGGAGAUUUAUAAUGAAGGAACCCAUUUCCGAAUUCCUUGGUUCGAAACCCCUAUCAUCUACGACGUUCGUGCGAAGCCCAGAAAUGUUGCAUCACUUACCGGCACCAAGGACUUGCAAAUGGUGAACAUCACUUGCCGUGUUCUUUCACGUCCAAGAGUCGAGGCUCUACCUCAGAUAUAUCGUACUCUCGGAACUGAUUUCGAUGAGAGAGUUCUUCCUUCUAUUGUCAAUGAGGUGUUGAAGGCUGUUGUAGCGCAAUUCAACGCCAGUCAGCUCAUCACACAGCGAGAGAACGUUGCCCGACUUGUCCGUGACAAUCUUUCUAGACGUGCUGCUCGCUUCAACAUUGUCCUUGACGACGUCUCUCUAACGCAUCUUGCCUUCUCACCCGAAUUUACCGCUGCCGUAGAAGCCAAACAAGUUGCCCAGCAAGAGGCCCAACGAGCUGCUUUCGUCGUCGACAAAGCCCGUCAAGAGAAACAAGCCACCGUCGUGCGUGCACAGGGUGAGGCCCGUUCUGCUCAGCUGAUUGGAGAUGCAAUCAAGAAGAGCAAGAGUUACAUCGAGCUCCGGAAACUUGAGAACGCCAGAAACAUUGCUACGAUCUUACAGGAAGCUGGUGGAAAGAACAAGCUCUACCUUGAUUCGGAGGGCUUGGGCUUGAACGUUAACAUCAAGCCAGACUCCUCUGACAGCUGA